AUGCCGGUGUUUGGGCAAAGUUUUACAGCUACAGGAAUAUUAUGGGUGAUACUAUCUUUAACAGCAUCUAUCUGUAAUUGUGUGGGGUUUUAUCUACCAUAUUGGAUACGAGGAACCAUGUUUAACUCCACUGAAGUCAACUUUGGUUCUUUCCGUCGGUGCAAUUACCCACGUCUCGAUGAAAAUGGUGCUGUGACCAUUGUCUACGAAUGCGGCCGAUACGUCUCUUUUUAUGAUAUUCCUAGUGUGUCGUGGCAAAUCACGACCAUAGUCGUUGGGGUAGGGGCCGCAGGGUCUUUACUUGUGGCUCUGACAUCUCUCGCUUCGUGCUGGGUAACAGAUGUGGUCACUAGGAACAGCAUGAGAGCCUUAGGAGCGGUUCAGUUCAUUGUAGUUAUACUGAUUAUCACAGGUGUUACCAUAUAUCCAAACGGGUGGAGCACUAGAGAAGUUCGAGAAGCCUGUGGUGGCAUUUCAGACUCCUAUGAUCCUGGAACUUGUCAUCUAUCUUCAUCUUUAUAUUUGUUGGGAACAGGCGGGAUACUGCUAACCCUGUGCAUACUUCUUUCAUGUUGGGCUUCUCGGACUAACCAACAUUCGUAUCGAAUAUGA